AUGACGUCGAACAUCAUUGAUAAAAUUAUGAACCUGGAGGUACCUGAAAAUGGAAACGCCUCAUUAAACAUUAUUUUUGGAGUGGUAAAUAUUUUCUUCUUUGGAAUUGGCAUGGUCAUUCUAGGUAUAAUUAAUAAAGACAUGGAUGACCUCAUAAUUGGUAUUCUGCAACUGCUUGUUCCGUUGAUCGGGUGGAUCUGGGCCGUGUUCUGGGGUAUCCUAAUCGUUAUUAAAAACUCCAAGUGA